CGACCGAGGAGCAAGAAACGUCCACACUUCCGAAACGGCGUCAUAGCAGUACUACUCGGAAUUCUGAAAUGGAGUGAUUAGCUUCGUUUGUGCUCAACUCUGAUAUUUCAACUGAGCUUGGUUUUGGUUUGGUUUGGAUUGCGAAGUUGUACAGAAAUGGCUAUCGGAAGUGUAAUAUCGCAUCGGAAUUUCGGUUCUUUUAUCGGCUCAGGAAGAGUAUGUCAAACCAACCACGCUGUUGUUCAUAAUAAAGGAGACCGUCAACAGCUUCAGGGGAAAAUGUUCUACCAAAGUUUAUGUACUCCAAGGGCCAAUUUUUCUAUAUCUAGAAACUCAUAUAACCCUUAUCUGGGUGCCAGUUUUUCUUCAGAUGCAAACACGCGGUUGUUGCAUGAUGAAGGCAACUGGAUAAUGUCACUGCAAUCUGGUAUAAGGUGCCGGAGCAUCGUUACUAAGCAAAGAACUAUAGGAACAUGCAAAGGCUAUCUUUCUUCAAAUCACUCUUUCAGAAGUUUCAUACAAUCAAGGAAGCUGGAUAAGCUUGAUAACUGGCAAUACCAGAAGUCUGAGAAUGUUAAAGUUAACAGGAUCCGUGCUGAUUACAAGCCAGAGGAUAUUGACAUAACCGAAACGGAGGUGGACUCAUUGACACCCUCAGGUGAAGCUGUUUUGGCAGAUGGAAAGGUGUUUAAAGCAUCUGCCUGGUGGGAGAUUCCUAAACGUUGGGUGAUUGUGCUCCUUUGUUUUGCAGCAUUUCUACUGUGCAACAUGGAUCGUGUGAAUAUGAGCAUUGCAAUACUUCCCAUGUCCAAGGAGUUCAACUGGAAUAGUGCAACAGUUGGCUUGAUUCAGUCCUCAUUUUUCUGGGGCUACCUACUAACUCAGAUUCUUGGAGGCAUAUGGGCAGACAAAAUUGGCGGCAAGCGUGUAUUGGGUUUUGGAGUGAUCUGGUGGUCGGUGGCGACAGUUUUGACACCAAUUGCUGCAAAAAUAAGCCUUCCUUUCUUGCUUGUUAUGCGUGCUUUUAUGGGGAUUGGUGAGGGUGUUGCUAUGCCUGCUAUGAACAAUAUACUCUCUAAGUGGAUUCCAGUGUCAGAGAGAAGCAGAGCACUUUCACUAGUAUAUAGUGGCAUGUAUCUUGGUUCUGUCACUGGGUUGGCUGUUUCUCCCAUUCUUAUCCAGCAAUUUAAAUGGCCCUCUGUGUUUUACUCAUUUGGCUCCCUCGGAAGCGUCUGGUUUGCAUUAUGGCUGAGCAAAGCAUAUAGCACACCAAAAGAAGAUCCAGGGCUUAGUGCAGAGGAAAAAGAGCUUAUCCUAGGUGGCAAUGUAUCCAAGGAACCUGUUACUGUCAUUCCUUGGAAACUAAUUUUAUCAAAGCCAGCUGUUUGGGCUCUUAUAAUCUCCCACUUCUGCCACAAUUGGGGAACCUUUAUUCUGUUGACAUGGAUGCCUACAUACUACAAUCAGGUUUUGAAGUUCAACCUCACUGAAUCUGGGCUACUCUGUGUCUUGCCAUGGUUGACAAUGGCUAUAUUUGCAAAUAUAGGGGGUUGGAUUGCAGAUACACUUGUCUCCAAAGGUUAUUCUAUCACGACAGUUCGUAAGAUCAUGCAAUCGAUUGGGUUUCUGGGACCAGCCUUUUUCCUUACUCAGCUGAGCCGCGUCAAGACACCUGCUAUGGCAGUACUAUGCAUGGCAUGCAGUCAGGGAGCUGAUGCGUUCUCACAAUCUGGACUCUAUUCAAAUCACCAAGACAUUGGACCUCGCUAUAGUGGAGUAUUGCUGGGGCUGUCUAACACAGCAGGAGUUCUUGCUGGUGUCUUUGGUACAGCAGCAACCGGGUACAUACUCCAGCGAGGUUCUUGGGAUGAUGUAUUCAAGGUAGCUGUGGUAUUGUACCUCAUAGGCACAGUAGUCUGGAACUUAUUUUCAACUGGAGAGAAAGUUCUCGACUAAAGAACCGUGAGAAAUGCAAGAAUCAAAGGAAUGGACGAGCCUGCAGUCCAUGUAACUGUAGAGAUGAAACUUUAAAGAGAUGGAAGAAAUGUAAACGCAUGAAAGGGCUAAUCCUGUCUGCCGAACUAGAGUUUUUUGAUACCACCUGUAUCAGUCUUUUUGUAACAAACUUCUGAGGCCCUUUCUGGGUUCACUUGUGAGUUGUGACCCCCCUUUUUUUACAGGCUAUUGCCGUCUUUCAUUUUAGUUCAUGCUUCUAAUUAAUGUAGAGAACUAAUGGGUAAUUUGCACCCAUGAACCUUUUGCUUUGCCCAUACAAUGCUAAUAGUACAAGCUUCCCU